GUAUUGCGAACAUAGGUAAUACUAAAUGUAGUAGUUAUAUAUAAAAACUUAAUAGCGAAUAUAGUUUUGUACUGCUAAAUCUUUUAUAAUAAAUUCCGGAGGUUGCCAAACUAGAAAAACUGAGGAAAGCAAAUGAAUUGCAGUGGUGGAACGACUGGACACUUAGCGCAAAAAAGUGUUUAAUAAAAACACCUGUUACUAUCUAGUGUACUUUGUGGUGACAGAUUAAAGAAAUACUUCUUUACAGUCAAGUUCGAAUUGAAAAACAUGGAUGGGAAAACACGCAGCACUUUGAGUCAAGUUCAGGGUGUCCCUUUACCCGAGCGGAUAGUGAAGUACUGGGCAAGAGUGGAGAAGUUCCAGGCAUCUAAAGAGGAUGUGCUCAUUGCCACCUAUCCAAAAGCAGGCACUACCUGGACACAGGAGGUGGUGGAUCAGAUCCUGAAUGAAGGAGAUUUAGAAAAGACCAAACGCGCUCCCACACAAGUGCGCAUGCCUUUUAUUGAGAUGACUUCUGCGGAUGGGGAAAAUGCUGGUAUAACUAAACUGGAGGUCAUGGAUCCCCCUCGUGUAAUUAAAACUCAUCUUCCUAUCCAACUUGUGCCACAGUCUUUCUGGGAGGCUGGUUGCAAGGUUAUAUAUAUGGCCCGUAAUCCCAAAGACACCGUUGUGUCAUAUUAUCAUUUUGACCGCAUGAAUCUUUACCAGCCAGAGCCUGGCCCUUGGCAAGAAUAUCUGGAGAAGUUUAUGACAUGCCAAUUGGGUUGGGGUUCCUGGUAUGACCAUGUUAAAGGAUACUGGAGGGAAAGGAAUAACAAGGCAAUCCUGUACAUAUUCUUCGAAGACAUGAAAGAGGACCCUGUUCGUGAAGUGACCCGUAUUGCUGAAUUCCUCGGGCUCCAAUUAUCGAAGUGCACAAUAGAUCACAUUGUAAAAAUGACAACUUUUUCUGCUAUGCGAGAAAACCCAAUGGCAAACUACUCAACUGUCCCAGAUACAAUUUUUGAUCGUACAGCCUCAGAGUUCAUGAGAAAAGGUGAGGUUGGUGACUGGAAGAAUCAUUUCAGUGCACAAGAGGAUGCUGUAUUUGAGGACCAUUACCACAAAUUGAUGGCUGAUUGUCCUAUUCCGAUACGCUUCACGAUAUGAGAGAUUAAUACUGACAAUAUUU